UCUUUCAUUUCUUCUCUGAAUAUUUUCCAAUCAGAGCUCUAAUGGACCUUAAGGGAUUGUAGGGAAGGUUUUCUUGACUGUUGUUUCACUGUUUUCUUUUGGUUUGAGACUCUUUGUUUUCGUGGCUGAUUGAAUUAUGGCUUCUUUGAAUAUGAGUGUUACUACUCCUCCUGUCUUCUCGAGGCAGAACUAUCUUAUUUGGGCAAUCAAAAUGGAGGCGUACAUGAGAGCGUAUGAUCUGUGGGAGAUCGUGGACGCUGCUGGUGAUCCACUUGUUUUGAGAGUGGCAAACUCGGCGAUUGCUCAGUUGAAAUAGCACAACAAAGAAGUUGCCAAAAGGUACAAAGCCCUUUCAGUUCUACACUCUGUAAUUUCGGAUUCUAGUUAUACUAGAAUUAUGAAUUGCAAAGCACCUAAGGAAGCCUGGAUAAGCUGAAGGAGGUAUUUCAUGGGACUGAUAGGACUAGACAGAUUCAAGCUCUCAACCUUUGGAGAGAGUUUGAAAUGCCAAGAAUGGGAGAUUAUAAGUCUAUACAAGGGUAUGCUGACAAAGUUCUGAAUAAUGUGAAUAGGUUGAGGUUGUUAGGUGAAAAUGUCUUUGAGAAACGAAUUGUGAACAAACUACUGGUUAGUUUACCAGAAAAGUUUGAAGGGAAGAUUUCUUCACUUGAGGAUUCAAAGGACCUUGGGUUAAUAUAUGUUAAUAAAUUGCUUAAUUCUCUUCAAGCUCAAGAGCAGAGAAGAGCUUUGAGGCAGGAUGCAUAUGUUGAGGGAGCUUUUUUGGCUAGAAACAUAGAAAAAAAUCUGGUGGAGAAUAUCAGAAGAAAUCAAGAACUGAUAAGAAGGAUAAAGGAAAGAAAGGUGGUGAUAAGAAACAAGGAGGUUAGAAGAAGAAUUUUCCACCCUGCUCUUAUUGCAAGAAGACUAAUCACACUGAGAGGUAUUGUUGAUACAGACCUACUGUGAAGUGCAGGGUUUGUCAUCAACAGGGUCAUGUAGAGAAAGUAUGUAAGAAUCGAGGUGUGAAGAUAGAGGAGAAGGCUGCUGUUGUUGAGCAGAAAGACCAAGCUGAAGAUGAGGUCCUGUUUAUAGCAAGAACAGCAGACAAUGCUCAGAAAAGGGACACUUAGCUACUGGACAGUGGGUGUUCCAAUCAUUUGACUAGCUGCAAAGACCUUUUUAUAACCCUUGAUGAGAGUUUUAGUACCAAAAUGAAAAUUGACAAUGGUGAUUUCCUAUUACUUCUUGGGACUGGUACAAUUGGAGUUCAAACUCCAAAUGGAAUCAAGUCAAUAUCAGGUCUUUUUUAUGCACCAAAAGUUAGCCAGAACUUAUUGAGUGUUGGUCAACUGGUUGAUGACAAUUUUGAGUUGGUGUUUAAGGACACGUCAUGUACUGUUGUGGAUCCUACUAGUGAGAAACUUUUCACUGUGGGAACGAGAAACAAGUGUUUCCCUUUGAAUUGGAUGAAGGUAACACAUUUUACUUAUAAAUGCUCUCAGUCUGAUGAAGAAUUGUGGCACAGAAGGUUUGGUCAUGUGAACUAUUGUUCACUUAAGCAGAUGGUUUCUGAGAAUUUAAUUGAUGGCUUGCCUAUGUGAAUAUUGAAAAAUACGCAGGAUAUGUCAGCUUGGGAAACAAAAGCAUGUGCCAUUUCCUAAGAACAGAAACUGAAGUACUACUCAGAAGUUACAACUACUACAUACAGAUCUUGGUGGUCCAAUGAAGACUCCAUUAAAUGGGAGUAAAUAUUACUUUCUUCUUAUUGAUGACUCUACAAGGUUCAAUUAGGUAUUCUUUCUUAAGCUGAAGUCUGAUGCUUUGAGUUCUUUCAUCAAGUUCAAACUACAAGUUGAGAACCAGACAGAGUCAACAAUCAAAAAAUUAAGAACUGAUAAUGGGACUGAGUACACUUCCAGGAAGUUUGAAGAAUAUUUAAGUAGGUAUGGUAUAGUGCAUCAGUUGAAAAUUACCUAUAGUCCACAGCAGAAUGGAAUCUCAGAGAGGAAGAACAGAACAUUAAUGGAGAUGGCAAGAUGUCUGUUGUUUGAGAAGAGCUUACCAAAGUUCUUUUGGACAGAAACUGUUAACACAGCAAACUAUCUGCUCAAUAUACCCAAAACCAAAGCCUUGGUGAACAAAACUCCUUAUGAAACCUGGUAUAACUCUAAACAUUCUGUUACACAUUAAAAAGUCUUUGGUUGUAUAGGUUAUGUCAAAAUACCUAAUGCUAGAAGAACUAAGCUUGAUGAAAAGUCUUUUGUUGCUAUACAUCUUGGAUAUAGUGAGGUUUCUAAAGGAUAUAGGCCACUGGAUAUUAAGACAGUGAAGUUCUUUGUCAGUAAAAAUGUAGUCUUUGAUGAGAAUAUAAGAUGGAAUUGGGACACAAAUUCUGUUGAAAAUGCACAGGGACAAGAAAUUGUUGGAGAUUACUUUACUGAGUCAGAAGAUAAUAGAGAUUUAUAUGAGAAUAUUAAUAAGGUACCUAUGAAAGGAACAAGGCCUUUACAAGACAUUUAUUCCAGAUGUUGUGUUGCUGUUAAAGAACCUGGUUCCUUUGCUGAGGCAGUUGCUGAUUAAAAAUGGAAACAGGCCAUGGAAGCUGAGAUGUCAAUGAUAAAGAAGAAUCAAACCUAGAUUCUUGUUGAUAAACCUGACAAGCAGAAGGUCAUAGGAGUUAAGUGGAUGUAUAGAACAAAGCUCAACUCAGAUGGGUCGAUCAACAAACACAAAGUAAGACUGGUGGUGAAGGGUUUCUCUCCGACAUAUGGUAAGGAUUUCUGUGAAACAUUUGCACCAGUAGCCAAACAUGAUACAAUCAAGCUAAUGGUGGCACUAGCAACUAGAGAAAAUUGGCAGAUCUGGCACCUGGACUUUAAAUCUGCUUUUUUGAAUGGAACUAUCAAGGAAGAUAUUUAUGUAGAGCAGCCUGAGGGCCUUAUUGAACCUGGUAGUGAGGAUAAGGUAUGCAAACUAGUAAAGGCUCUCUAUGGACUUAAACAAGCCCCAAGAGCUUGGUAUGAGAGGAUGGAUAAUUAUUUGCAGAGUCAAUGAUUUCUCAAGAGCAACAGUGAACAUACUUUGUAUGUUAUAUAAGAGCUCAGGUAAACAAGUUCACUUAAUAUUGUCACUUUAUGUGGAUGAUCUGCUCAUCACUGGACCAGAUGACAUUGUUAGUUGAUGAUUUUAAGCUGAGAAUGCAGAAUGAAUUCAACAUGAGUGACCUUGGCAUCAUGUCUUCCUUGCUUGGUUUGCAGAUUGAACAAAAGGGUGACUGCAUAAUGUUGCAUUAGAAAAAGUAUGCUUCUGAAUUGCUUAAAUAAUUCAGAAUGAAAAGCUGUAAAGCAGUGGCAACACCAGUAGCUUUUGGCAGCAAGUUCAGCAAGGAUGAUGGUGGUGCUGAAGCUGAUGAAACUCUCUACAGAAAACUUGUUGGUAGCUUGCUCUAUCUUUUUGCAUCCGGGCCAGAUAUCAUGUAUGCUACUAGUCUUUUAUCUAGAUUUAUGCAAAACCGUCUGAAGAAUACAUGAAUGCAGCUAAAAGAAUCAUUAGAUAUGUUAAAGGAACUUCGAGCUUUGGUUUGAAAUUUAGCAGAAAUGUGAAACAAGAACUUCAGGGGUAUUCAAACCGUGACUGGGUUGGGAAUGUGGAUGAUUCUAAAAGCAUCAGUGGUUACUGCUUCUCCUUUGGGAGUGCUUUGUUUGCCUGGAACUCAAAAAAGCAAGAAAUUGUUACACAAUCCUUUGCCAAGGCAAAAUAUAUGGCUGCUGCAGCUACUAUGAAUCAAGCACUAUGACUCAGAAAAAUUUUUGUGAAUUUGAAAAUUACUUAGGAAGCACCUACUGUUCUUUGGGUGGACAACAUAUCAGCUAUUGCAAUUGCUUCAAAUCUGGUAAGUCAUGGAAGAAGAAAGCAUAAAAGAUUCAAAUUUCAUGCAAUGUAGAGAAGCUGUUAGAAAUGAAGAAAUCUCCAUCAAGUAUUGUAGCACUGUUAAUCAGUUAGCAGAUAUUUUCACAAAAGGGCUUAGCAAGGAUAAAUUUGAUACUCUGAGGAGUGAGCUGAGAAUCUGCAAAACUAAUCUCCGAGUGGUGUGUUGGAAUGAAGACCAGUUUUGUAGGAUUUGGCGCUAAAGGUUUCAUUUUAAUUUUGGUGAAGACAAGGACACGAGCUGGUAAUGUGCCACUCUUGUAGUCACCAGGCAGUGAUUCUCACGUCUGGUAUUUCAAUAUUUAUUGCUUUUUUCAUUUAUUUUAUUUUAUUCUGUUUGUUAGUUUGCAUUGUAAAAGGUAAUGUGCCUAAUAGACACCUUGAUUGUUGGUAUGAAGCCUUUAUAUCGUAUAAUAGGCCUUAUUACCGUUAUAAAAAUUAUCUUCUUCCUCAGCUAUUUUAUCUCUUUCAUUUCUUAUCUGAAUAUUUUCCACCAUUGUUGUAACUUCAAUCUCAGUCAUUUUCUAAAAGUCAACACAAACAGAUGGAUGGUUGUGCUCUUUUUUGGGAGGUCAAUCAGCCUGUUACCAUUUGCCCAAUUUGAAAUAGUUUUCUUGGGUCUUUGGUGGUCUAAUCGGUACAGCGAAGUCCAGUUAAGCUAAGCUCAUGGGUCAGUUUACUUUUGUUAUUAGUAGUAACUUUCAGUCCCGAGAAUAUGCUGGAAACAGAUAUUUUAAGCCGACACUAAUUGUUUUUCCCCACUGGAUUGGACUUUCGCAGAAGCUUCUCUUUUAGAUAAUCUCAGCUGGAUGCCUUGCAUCAAGUACAAGUAUUAAGUUUCAGUUUAUCGCUUGCCCUUCCUUCUAAUCCUUAGAUUAGACAGGAAGAAUCUGUAACUAAACUUGUAAUUCUCAAUUUGGGGAAGAGCCAGCCACAUCCCGCAUGUACUAUAAUGAGGAAUCCAGUCUCAAUUCUAUCAGUUAUCAUCUUUCUGCUUUGUAAUUCAAUGGCAAAUUCAGAUAUACUCGAAGAAAGCAGCAUUCUUCAAUGCCUUUCCAAUCAUUCUGUCACCUCCCCACCAAUCUCUUCAGUCACCUACUUCCCCACCAAUCCUUCCUACACCUCGAUUCUACAAUCAUACAUCAGAAAUCUUAGAUUCACAUCUGCCACAACCGCAAAGCCUCUAUUCAUUGUGGUUCCGUCCCAUGUCUCUCACAUCCAAGCGUCAAUCAUUUGCUGCAAAAUCCAUGGCUUGGAAAUGAGAAUCCGUAGCGGGGGUCAUGAUUAUGAUGGCCUUUCUUAUGUGUCGGCAGCUCCAUUUAUGAUCCUUGACAUGUUCAAUCUUCGAUCUAUAAUUGUUGACAUGGAGGAUGAAAGUGCUUGGGUAGAGUCAGGUGCCACAUUGGGUGAACUUUUCUAUCGAAUUGCAGAAAAGAGUAAAAACCAUGGCUUCCCAGCUGGAGUUUGUCCCACGGUAGGUGUCGGUGGCCAUUUCAGUGGAGGUGGGUAUGGUAACAUGAUGAGAAAACAUGGAUUGUCUACUGAUAAUAUUGUCGAUGCAAAGCUAGUGGAUGCUAAUGGAAGAAUUUUGGAUAGAGAAUCAAUGGGAGAGGAUCUCUUUUGGGCCAUCAGAGGAGGUGGUGGAGCUAGCUUUGGAGUCAUUCUUUCAUGGAAAAUCAAGGUAGUUUCUGUCCCAGAAAUUGUUACUGUUUUUAGAAUAGAAAAGACAUUAGAACAAGGUGCAACAGAUAUUGUUCAUAAAUGGCAAUAUAUUGCUGAUAAGAUAGAUGAAAAUCUGUUCAUUAGAGUGGUUCUGCUACCAGUGACUAAAACGCAUUUGCAGUCCAUCAAAGCUAAAUUCAUCGCAUUGUUUCUUGGAAAUGCUGAAAAACUUAUUUCCCUAAUGAAUGGAACAUUUCCCGAAUUGGGUUUAUCGCCUGAGAAUUGUAUUGAAAUGAGUUGGAUUGAGUCUGUCCUGUUUUGGUCUAAUUAUCCAAAAGGAACAUCCUUGGAGGUUUUGCUUAAUCGACAUCCUCAACCAGAAAAGUACUUGAAAAAGAAAUCAGACUAUGUGCAGGAACAGAUUUCCAAGAAGGAUCUUGAAGGGAUUUGGAAGAAAAUGAUUGAACUGCGAAGACCAGCAUUAACAUUGAAUCCUUAUGGUGGGAAAAUGAGUGAGAUUUCAGAGUCUGAAACUCCUUUUCCUCACAGAGCAGGGAACAUAUACAAAAUCCAGUACUCAGUGACUUGGAAAGAGGAUGGCGCUGAGGCUUCAGAUCGCAGUUUAGAUCAGAUUACAAGGAUUUAUGAUUAUAUGACACCUUAUGUAUCAAAAUAUCCUAGAAGUUCAUAUCUCAACUACAGAGAUGUGGACAUAGGGAUCAAUGAAAUUGGCAAUGCAAGCUACUCAGAGGCCAAGGUAUGGGCAAGUAAGUAUUUCAAGGGAAAUUUUGACAGAUUGGUGCAAGUAAAAAUAUUGGUAGAUCCAGGCAACUUUUUCAGAUAUGAACAAAGCAUUCCAUCUCUUACAUCCUGGAAGAGUACAAUGGCAGAAUAGAAGUUAGUUCAAGUAUAUUUGUGUAUUUCCUCGAGGCUAUGCUAGUUCCCUGAACAUACAGACAAUGACAACAAAUCUUCACUCAUAAAUCAGAAUAUUUACACAUAAUGCUCAUCCCUGUUAAAAAGAAAACUAAGUACUUAUUUUUUUGUUUACCAUUUUAUUUGUUAUAGAAUUAACUUAGAAACUA